GGAUGCUUGUCUAAGGCUGUGGGGUGAUGAGCUGUCAGGCUUACUGGCCCACAGCAUCUUUUCUUGUUUCUCUGGGCCUCUCAGCAUUGCAGGGCCAUCUUGUCAGGCCUGGUAUUUGCCUCUCUGGGAGUUGGCCAUUGGGAAGGCUUGGAUGUGUGACCCUGGCCCAUUUGGGCUUGAGGCUCCAUUAUUCUAGGUACUAUCCGGGGUCCUGAGAAGGAGCCAGGGAGGCCUGUCCUUCAGCCCUGUGCAGCCUCCCUUGUCCACCUUUUGGUAUUUUGGUGAUUGCUGGCCGCAUGAUGAGUUAGGAUGAGAAGUCAGAGUAGGGAUGUCUUUGGGUGUCGGGCUCUGACCAGCUAGCUGACAUACAUGUGGGAGCUAGCUGACAUACAUGUGGGAGCUAGCUGACAUACAUGUGGGAGCUGAGAGUCUGCCGCUUCCUUCUGUGCUAUCUCCGAGCCUUGUGCUGGAGGUGAGGCCUACCCAUGCAGAUGACAUCCAGGUUCAUUUGUCAUCUGGAGUUACCCUCCUAGGCCUUGUUCUCUUGGCAUGGCAUCUGGGUGAGGAACAGGCACAUUUCUGGGGACAUGUUUUGCUGUUCUUCUCCUUCAUCACGGUUGGGUUUCUCAGAUCUGUCAUAACUUCCUGUUUUCUUGUAACGACCUGGGGGCCCUCGCUGUUGCAGUCAGGUGGUGUACUCUGACACUGUCCAGGUGGGAGGAGAGGGCCAGGCCAUGUGGAAAACAGGAGAGAGCCAUGGAAACUGACCACCAGAAAACCUGCAGAAGAACUGGCUUCGGGAAUUUUACCAGGUCCUGCACACACACAAGCCUCACUUCAUGGCCUUGCACUGCCAAGAAUUCGGAGGGAAAAACUAUGAGGCCUCCAUGUCUCAUGUGGACAAAUUUGUCAAGGAACUACUGUCCAGUGAUGCAAUGAAAGAAUACAACAGGGCUCGUGUCUACCUGGAUGAAAACUACAAGUCCCAGGAGCACUUCACGGCACUAGGAAGCUUUUAUUUUCUUCAUGAAUCCUUAAAAAACAUCUACCAGUUUGACUUUAAAGCUAAGAAGUAUAAAAAAGUCACUGGCAAGGAGAUCUAUUCGGACACUUUGGAGAGCACACCCAUGCUGGAGAAGGAGAAGUUCCCACAGGACUACUUUCCCGAGUGCAAAUGGUCAAGAAAAGGCUUCAUCAGGACGCGGUGGUGCAUUGCUGACUGUGCCUUCGACUUGGUGAACAUCCAUCUUUUUCAUGAUGCAUCCAACUUAGUGGCCUGGGAGACAAGCCCCUCUGUGUACUCGGGUGUCAGGCACAAGGCUCUGGGCUAUGUGCUCGACAGAAUCAUCGACCAGCGAUUUGAAAAAGUUUCCUACUUUGUCUUCGGUGAUUUCAACUUCCGCCUGGAUUCCAAGUCUGUUGUAGAGACACUUUGCACAAAGGCCACAAUGCAGACAGUCCGGGCUGCUGAUACCAAUGAAGUUGUAAAGUUGAUAUUUCGGGAGUCAGACAAUGACCGUAAGGUCGUGCUCCAGUUGGAAAAGAAGCUCUUCGACUACUUCAACCAGGACGUCUUCCGGGACAACAAUGGCACUGCGCUCUUGGAAUUUGACAAGGAGUUGUCUGUCUUUAAGGACAGACUGUAUGAACUGGACAUCUCAUUCCCCCCCAGCUACCCGUACAGUGAGGACUCCAGCCAGGGAGAACAGUACAUGAACACGAGAUGCCCCGCUUGGUGUGAUCGAAUCCUCAUGUCCUUGUCUGCCAAGGAGCUGGUUCUUAAGUCAGAGAGCGAGGAGAAGGUUGCCACCUACGACCACAUCGGGCCUAACGUCUGCAUGGGAGACCACAAGCCGGUGUUCCUGGCCUUCCGAAUCGCACCCGGGGCAGGGAAGAGGUGCCAGCGCCAUGAGAGGAUCCUCGAGAGACCUCCCUGUAGCAGUGUAUCGAACUCAUCCUCCUAACAGCUGCAUCGGAACCGCCCAAGCAUCACCUGCUAGAAGGCCGGCCCCACACUUCGCUUCAGCCUCCGGACCUCCGGAAAGCCUCACAUACCUCACUGUCGUGUCUGUCACGUGACAUUGUAGACAUAUUGGGUUUAAUCAAGCCACAGUCCUAUUGCCAAAACUCUAACAGACAGCAGAGCGCCUGUAUUUUAGACUUCACAGUUUUCCAUUUUUAAUGAUUGUCUGUGGAGGAAGCUUCUCCAUUUAGAGCCCCAGGUGUCCAGCGUCCCUCUCUGCCAGGAGGAAUGUGCCGGGCACUAGCCCAGGCAGCAAGACUGCCCUGUGCUCAAGCCCGAGGCCCCGAGGUCUGACUCUCCUGCCAUGUUACGUGGCGUGAGAAUCACACUGCAGCUGCUUUCCAUUUUUAUAUAUAAAUACAUAUAAAUAUAUACUUUUUAAAAAUAAUUUAUAAAUCUUACCAAAACUUAUGCUGAAUAUACUUUCCAGUAUGAGUGCACGAGUGUCCUGAGCAGGCAGAACCGCAGUCUAGUUGAAUGGCGAGUCCAUCAGCAGUCAGCACCUGUUCCUGAGACAAGACCUAGCACUUGCCCAGGGCGAGGGGCCCUGUGGUAUGCCUGGACUAGCAGCUUGUCACUCUUCUGCCUUUUUCUGUGUAAUAUUAAGAACUGAAUGUGAAGUUUAUAGCUAGCCUGGGUGUACCUUUUAAGAAUUUUGUAAACCGUUUUGUCUGUCUUUUGUUACCGUUUUAUGGUGCCAAGUAGCCUACAUUAAAACCAUAAUCUUGUGGGAGAAUUAGAAGUAGCCUCGUCCACUUCCCACAGAUUGCUUCUAGCAUGGGCUGUGUGUAAACCCGGCAGAAAAGCGACGGUGAUGCUGGGCACAGCCUGUGCCGGACUCGCACCCAGCACUGAGAACCGCGGAAGGUGCCUGCGGAGCCUGCUGAGGAAACACAGCGUGCUUUUAUUGAUUUACUUCUGAACACUACAGUUCCUGGAUGGGGCGGAGGCGCGAGUUAACGUCGGUUUCCCUAGAAAUCACUCAAGGCCAGCCUGUGUCCUUGAUGCCAGGGUCGGGUCUGUGACUGCCAUGGUCGCUGCUUGCCAAUGUGCCAUGUCCGAAGCGGUUGUCCUCCGUGGGUUCCAGCUGUGGGUCCUUCCUUCGAAGGCCUCUGGAAGUGACUGCUCGGUUCCUAAGCAAUAAAAUUGAUCAUGGUGAAAACA